AUGGCAGGAAUGACCAGAUUUCAAGUAGAUGAAGUCCAAGAGAGUAAGAAAGGCAAUGGCCAUUCAUUGGUGAAUUUUGAUGAGGUCAAGACUUCAGUGGAUGAUGGUAUGACACCUAUAGAUCUUCAUAACACAACAGACUCUGGUGUAGACCCGGCUAUAGUGGAUGUUAGCCAACCUGUUAAGGUUUUGAAGAUACCAAGAGAAUUCCGGCUCAAGGUGUUUGUUGUAAUACUUUUUAUGUUGAUUGUCAUUGGUACUACCUGUAUUCUCCUUUUCUAUUCGGAACCACCACUGCAUUAUAAAGUUGGGAGAUUAUUGUUCUAUGUGGAAAGUAAAACUGUACGUGUGAGCUACAGAGGAAGUAACUACACUCACAGCUCUGUUGGAAUAAACUUACCUCUUGUUACCCCUUCAACCUGUGCUACGACCACAGACAGGAGACUUUGUUUAGAAUGGAGAGAGUACGGCCAGCUGGAGAUUGAUUGGUUAGAGUUGGACAACAUGGACUGCUAUGAAUUUACAUGGACAGCUAUUCAUCAUGAAGUUAUGCAUAAAGAUUGCUUAUCCCUCCAGAAUGCACAUUGGUAUGGUGGUGCAGUCGUGGCCAACCAACGAUGGCCAAUUGAGGUUGAUGAUUUGCCUUCUCAGCCUUUCUUAUCCGGAGACGGUUCGUCACCUUUUGGGCCUGUCGUCGAGCGCUACUGGCUUUCAUCCAACGGAUUAGGUUUAAGGGUCAAUGAUUCAUCAUUUAUCUCUGUGAGCAUGGAUAGUGAGAGGCAAGAGAUGUGUCUGGAGUCUGGUCAGUAUGACAUAUCCAUCCAUUCCAAUUCUAGCAAGUAUGCUCUCCUGCAAUACACCAUGUGUCUUGCUUCAGACCUGAAGGCCAUUCACAGGAACAUGAGCAAUAGAUUUACUGUAAGAACAGAGAAUGCUCCAGAUAGUAAUGUCAUUACGUACCCAACAUGGUCCGUAGCUACACCAGCAGAUAAAGCUUCAUGGAAUGAAUCACUGUUGGUAACCACUGCAAAUACUCUUCACAACCUUGGAUAUACCUCGGGCGUAUUUGAAAUCCCAACGUCAUAUCAAGCAAUUGAAGGAGAUCUUGCAUUUGAUACUACUCGCUUUACAGAUGUCUCUGCAAUCAUGGCAAAUAUUACAAAACCUGGAUUUAGAUUCACAACAGCUGUCCAGGUUACGCCAUACGUCAGCACGCAGUCAAAAAACUUUAUGGAUGGUGUAAGUAACGGGUAUUGGGUAAACGAUCCUAGGGAUCUAGUUCCAGGGCUUACUAGAUGGGGCGACAAUGUAGGAGCUGCCCUUGAUGUGUCCAGCAAUAGUGCCGUCCAAUGGUUUAAGAACAAACUUCAGUCCCUUCAAGCAAGCGGUGUUGAUGGUUUCACCUUUGAUUACGGUCAAGCAAGUUAUUUACCUAUUGGCUUCCAAGUAGAGAAUGCCCUUGAGAUUGCAGAUGAGUAUGCCACCAGGUAUGUCACUAUUGCCAAUGAGGUGUCAUCACCAUUUGUUAGGUGUAUGUAUCAGUGUCAAAACAUUCCAUUAGUUGCCGAAUUGAUUAGAAAAGACCCUACUUGGGAUGGAGAAAAUGGCUUGAAAACCAUCAUUCCAACAGCUCUAACAAUGGGUCUCCUAGGCUACCCAUAUUUCAUGCCAGAAUUAAAAUAUUUGAAGGAUGGUUGUAGCCACCCUCAAGACUGUCUCCCAUCAAAAGAACUCUUCAUAAGGUACAUAGAGCUCUCUGCUUUUCUCCCUGCUAUGCAAAUACCUACCAUCCUAGCAGAAUAUGAUGAAGACACCAGGAGAAUCAUUAAAAAAUGGGUAGAUUUUCAUCAGGAUAACAUCGCUCAACGGGUCUUGGACCUCGCUCAAGAAUUCUCCCAGAAAGGGGAUCCUGUUAUAAGACCCCUAUGGUGGUCAGCUCCUACCGAUCCAGUCGCUUUAAGAAUCAACUCCGAGUUCUUGGUUGGUGAUGAUCUUCUUGUUGCACCCAUCUUAGAUGAAGGCACUACCAAGAGACAUGUUUACCUUCCUGCUGGAACUUGGCUAGACGAGUCCAAUCAACAAUUAUCAGGGGAGCAGUGGUUGAGUGAUGUCAGUGUUUUAUUAGACGAUGUUGCCUAUUACAGGAGAGUGUUGUGAUAUACAACAACUCUUCAAACAAUUCUCUUUAGUUCAUCAAGAUAAAUAAGGUCAGUAAAAUUACUGAAAGAAAUUAUUUAGAGGGGAAAAUCAAAACGUAGCUCCCCUCUUAUUUUUGUUGGUGCAAUCGCAGGAAAACCAUAGGUUUGAGAAAAUAUAAAGCAUUGACAUUGUUUAUCAAUUGUUCAUGUAUCUAUUGUUAUUCAACAUGUUUUACUGAAACAAUUUACUACAGAUACUGUAUGUCUGAUAUAUAUUCUACACAGGUGUUCAAUGAAAGCAGGAUGUUUGUUAGUCAUCCUAUUUGAGUACUAUCCAUCUAUAUAUCCUACUUGUAUGUGCUAUUUGUCUUUUCAUGUUUAUAGUUAGAUUUGUCUUUUAAGAGGUCUGUAUCAUGCAAUCGUCGUUACAGAACAAAUCUACUUUCCAACUCUGAAUAUUAUAUUUAUCGAUCCUAAGAUUGAAUUUUAUUUAUAUGAAAGAUUUUAACAAAGACUUUAUGUUAGAACUUUAAUAGAUUAGAAAUAGGCUGAAAAAGAUGUACAAGUAGUCUGUAUUGUAUUUCAGUACAUUCCUUUUGAAAAAAUUCCUUGAAUGUUGAUCUACAGUAUCCAACAGAAGUGUGUAUUCCCCUCACAAAACAUCAACUUUUUCAGUGCAGCUCUUCACAAAAAGAUUUUCUUGAAAAUUCUGGAAAAUUCAUCAAAAUUGGAUGUUAAUGUAUAUUAAGAAAGUUUACGAUGUUAAAUUUUUGCGUAAUUUCCCAAUACAGUUAUAUAGAUAUCCUGGUUGAUCUACAAAUUACGUCACCUGCUCACUACCUGGUAUUUCUUUUCUAUUUAAUUGUAUGAAAUAUUUUUCCUUAUGAUGUGAAACAAGCUUUACCACUGCUGUAGUGAUUCAUAAAGAUGCUUCCUUAUUAUUAACUCCUCAAAAAAUGAAAUAUUCUAUAUUUUGUAUACACUAUUAAGGCCAUUUGUCAUGAGGUCACCCACUAAAAUGGGUGGUGCUGUAACUGCUGUUAUAUAUUUUGGUUAAUUUGUAGAGUUAUCUCUAAAUAUUUUCAAAACCAAAGGAGCUAUGCCAAAAAUUUUGCUAUCAUUUUAAAGCUGAAUUCGUUGGCUAAUGUACAUAUAAAUAGAGUUACAUGUACACAUCUUUAAAGACGAAGCACUAGGGUUGGUGCUGGAAGCGGUGCCAACAGAAGCAGUGACGCCUGUACAAAAUCAAUGGGGAUUUUCAAUGUUUCGUGCUAUUUUGGGUAAAACAAAUAUUUUUGCAAGAACUUGACUUUCAACUACAAAUUUGGUUUUAAAAUUUAAACUAAAACAUAUAUGUUACUGUUAAUUGAUUGAAAAAUAAGUUUACUGUAGCAAUGUCAUUCAGUAAUUUUCAUGUAAAAAUGAAAAAUAAGAUCAAAAACAUUAAAAAAGAACUAUAAUUUUUUUUUCACUUUUCAUAGCAAUUUUACCAUAUUGGCACAAGUCUUCAGUUAUUCUGAAUUUCAAUGUAGCUUUUGUGUAAAAAAAACCCAGUAAAUAUGAUUUCUACUAUUCUGUAUGAUGAAAGUGAUACUCUGUUGCAGAUCUUAAAGGUCAAAUGAUACAAGUCAGAGAUAUUCAGAUCAACAAUAUGUGCAGAGUCUUAGAAGCAUUUUGGUCUAAUGCUAUUGUUUUCUUCCUUAAAGUUGAAUUAAGAAGACGAUUCCAAAUAUUGAGAUAUUUACAUUAAUAGCAACCUUACAACCCCCCAAACACUAAGAGGUGAUUCGAACCCCCAUUUUCUUUUUUCAAAAUAGUGAAUUUGAACGAUGUAUCCCUACCCAUUUUCCCCGAGUUCGCUCCUGCAAUGCCUACCGAGACGGGUGUUCUUUGAGUGUGACGUCACCGGGGGGUAUUCGGUCCCGGUGUAGUAAACCUAGGCAGUGCCGCUUUGUGUACUACAUGUAUGCACGUACGCCUUCAUAUGGAAUAACUGCAGUUGAAGUUGUAUCUGCGAGCCAUAGAACUUGCAAAGAGGAAAUGAUUAAAAUAUUUGUGGCCGUACUAUUAUUCCAAAUAUGUAAAUUCCCUCAGAAUGAUACCAUAGACCCUAAAGGAAUAAUUUCAAGGUGAAUAAUAUGAAAUUUGAUCGAGAUCUUCUCACCAGUCGAUAACGUAGCAGACGUGUUAUUAUGACAUAUUUAUCCGCGUGUGACGC